CACACAUUUAUGGCAGUGGCUGUAACUGCACCUUAUUAAACUUUAAGAUGGGAAUGAAAGGUUUAUCAAUAUCUUUAUUGUUUUUGCUGCUUUUACAAAACUCAUCUCACGGUCAACUGCAACAAGAUAACACAACAGUAACAGCUGCAUCAGCAACAUUAACAGUGCUGGCAACAAAAACAGAAACAACUUCAUCAAUAAAUUUGAAGAACUCCACUCAAGAAUUAUCUUCAAAUUUCAGUUUAGGAAGGGAUAACAGUACAGUAACAACUGCAUCAGCAACAUCCACAGUGCCAACAAAAGCAACAGAAAUAACCUCAUCAGUAAAUUGGAAGAACUCAACUCAAGAAAUAUCCUCAAGUACUUAUCUAGGAAGGGGUAAUUCAUCUGUCUCUCCCAGUCCUUUCAAUGUGACGACAACACCACCAUCACUUGGAUGUUCAUCUCAGAUUCCACCACUCUGCUGUAUAGGUGAUAAUAAUUCAUGCAAACCCCAAGGGGCAAAGUGUUACUGUGACUCAACAUGCAAAAAUUUUUCAGACUGUUGCCAAGACUACAACUCAACAUGUGCAAAUUUUACAGGAGUUACAACACAGCCACCAACCCAGUCUACUCAACACUCUUCGACUGCAACCUCAACAACAGGUUCUACAACAACAACAGUGACAACAACAUCAGAUGCUACAGCAAGAUAUUUUGUAUCUUCUCCAUUUCUUGCAAACGCUACAAAAUCAAUAACAACACAACUUGGAUGUUCAUCACAAACUGUGCCACUGUGCUGUGAUGGCACUGUUAAUUCAUGCACGCCUAAUGGAAGCAGUUGUCAUUGUGAUAUCGCCUGUAUUAAUUUUCAUGACUGUUGCAAUGAUUAUGUGGAUACAUGUGUGAAUGCUUCAAAUAACGGAUGUUUGAAGUCACCGUGCUCCCCUAAUGGCAAAUGCACCAGACUCAGCAAACCAGUUGGAGGUUACCUUUGUACAUGUGCAGCAGGUUUUACAGGGAAUGGAACAGUUUGUAAUGAUAUCGAUGAAUGUGCAAUACCAUCUUCAUGUCCUUCAAAUUCAAAAUGUACAAAUACGCCAGGAAGCUUUUCAUGUUCCUGCAAGUUUGGAUUUUCAGGCAAUGGGCAAUCUUGUCAGUCAUUAAUAGACCAUGCAGUUCCGCUCUGCUCUUCAGGAAGUACAUGCAUUAAUUCACUAGGAUGUUAUCUCUGCAACUCUUCAAUAAGCACAGGUCAAACUAAUGGAAAUUGGGUUUGCUGUACUGAUCUUUCAUGCCCAGCUGGAUUUUGCAGUGGUGCUGGAUCAUGUAAAAUAGAAAGAAAGAGUUCAGGAAGACAAUGCGUACCUGUUUGCACUGAUCCAUAUGAAAAUGAAAAGCGUGUCAUCACAGGAAAUAAUUUUAUCCCUAAUCCAUCACCAGACAUGCCACUGAGAUCUGUCAGCCUGAAGCUAUCAAUGAGUCAAACAUUUUCUUCUGCUGCCAUUUUGCCUAGCAGUCCGGAUUAUAAUGAAAUUAUUGCAAAUAUAGAUUACACGCUGAGUACAGUUCUGAAAACUAUACAUCCAAUGGCCUUUGUCUGCAACCAGAACAUUCAGCUUGUAAACGAGAAUGGAAAAACAUUUAUUACUGCUGACUCCAUGUUUUUCUACCAGAACAAUAGGACAGUGAUAGAGUUCCUCAAUUCACAAUUGACAACAGCAAUUUCUUCUGCCAUCAGUAAAGCAGCUAGCCAGACAAAAGCAAAUCAGGGCUUUGCUGUCAGUUUUACUAACGUAACAUUUCCGAGUUCAACACAGUUGACAUCUGACCAACUGGCAGAAUACUACAAUUGUUCUGCAUAUGAGUUUAAUGGUUAUAAUCUUAAAUACGAAACAGAUGGAUUCCAUUGUGUAAGUCCAUGUGCAAACAGCUACUGCUUGAAUGAAGCCACAUGCAUACAUAAUAAAUCUGGAGUUUUCUGCAGAUGCAACCCAGUGUCAAUUUAUUCGCCAUUUGGGACACAGUGUGAAAAUCUUGCCCUGAAUCUCAAUGCCUUCUUUGGUAUUCUGUUUGGAGCUCUGGCCUUUCUUUUCUUAUUGCUGCUAAUUAUUUUCAUUAUCAUAUGCUGCAUACACAAAAGGAGAAGAUCAGAAAAUUUACCAGCUGAGCCUGCUCCAAGUGAUGACUCCAUAUCAGUCGAAAAGCCAUCUUUGUUUAACUCAGAAAAAUAUUAUGUAUCAUGGGGGGAAGACAAAAACAGUGAUUACUUGACAAGAUGAACAACCUAGAUUUAAGAACACACUUAUCUCUGAACGCUAAUGAGUAACAAUUCUCAACCUUCAGUUAAUCAGUUUGAAAAUAAUCAGAUUCCACAUGAAGAUGAAAAUGAUGGUGAAGAAUGGAAAGUAACAUGAGGGCUGUAACAUACAACAGAAGAAAUGAAGCUAUGGUCUCUGUUUCAUCAGAUGAGAGAAAAUUAUCUUAAGGCCAAUCGUACAUACUGUAAUAGGAAUUAACACAUAUUGUAUAUAAAAUAUUUUGCAAUAGUCAAAAUGUAUUGUACAAUGAAAAAAAUAAUUUGCAAAGCACUUUGCUUAAAAUGCCAUAAUAUCGCCUUUGAAAUAAGUAAUAAGUAACACUGUUUGUGUAUCAUUCAAAUAAUAUGGAGGGAGAUUGAGCUAGCUUGUUUAGUAAUUUAAUGAAAGUGCAAUAUUUAUCUCAUAUAAUUAUGAAAAUGAUACCUGCUUGAAAUGACAGUAGUAGAUUUUUGGUCAGACAACAAACAGUCACAAUAUAAAUAGUUUAAUUAUACCUUCUACAGUACCUCUGUUGUAAUAUUCUUUUACCUGACAAAUUUUUUGAACCUUGACUAUGGAAACAGCAGCAAUAGGAAUGCAUUGUGCUGUUUCCUAGAUUUGCUUAAAUUUAUGCAUGCACGGGCACACAUACAAACUCACACACAGUCUCUAUCUGUAGUAAUUUAACAUACUUUGUAUGUCAUUCUGGUAGAUGAUAAUUUAGUAUUCAUAAUGACGACUUUACAAUUUGUCAUCAAUGCAAAUUAAGAGACAGACUAUGGACUGUUUUACCUGAGGUCUUGUCAUUUUUUUUUAAUUUGUAUUCAUACUCUCCAGUGGCUACAAGAUUGAAGUGGACUCAGCUGUGACUGACACUUUACAUUUUCAGAGUGAUUACAAAACUAUGAACAGUUAGUCAACCCUCAGGACUUAAAACCUACCCCAAUACAUAACUGGCUUUGCAGACCCCACCCCCACAUUCAGGCUGCACUCCCCCUGACAUUCCUGCAAUUUAUUUUAUAUACACCAAUUCCAUGAUUACUGUGUUAUGCAUACAUGGAGUUCGCUGAAAUACCGCAAUCUCAAGCUUAGUAUGCAAAGCACAUCACUUGCACUUUUGUGCUAACAUUUAUAAGUGUCUAUCAUAUUUGCCUUGCACUUCUGCC